UUAUGCACCGCUGCUCCCUCCCCUCGCUGGAGAGAAGCUCUGCACGACUUGCCGACUGUUCAGAACUUUUCUUCAGAAAGUUUGGUCCCCAGGAAGAUCUGUCUCCAGUCUCUCUUUUUCUCUCUGUGGGAGGCAGAGACCCACCCAUCAGGGGAAUCCUCCGAGGCUGGACGCGCUCUGACUCCCCCUCACUCUCCUCUUCCCUCCUCUCAACCGCCAGGAUUGGGACUAAUCGAGCUGGAGACCGGACCCGUUUGUAGUUCCACUGAAAUAAAGCAUCCCCCCGGCCUGCACUAUUCAGGCAGAAGAAGAUGUGGCAAUUUCAAAUCCUGCUGCUGGUUUUGGGGAGCUCGCCCCUCUGGGUGAUCGCAGAAGAAGUCAGCACAACUUUACCAGAAGAUGGCAUAACCACAGCCGACUCCAGUAAUGCGAAUCCUUAUAACUCUGAAGAUGCACCAACUCUGCUGCCCACAACAACCACAAGAAUCCAUUAUACCACAGGAUUCGAUGAAGAUCAAUCCACUACAGAGGCCACAGCCCACAGCAGAGAGAACUCCACAGACUCCAGGGUUACAACUGACCAUCCCAGUGAGAAAGUGGGUGGAGAGACAAAGCCAACAACUGAGAAAGAAGGCUUGGAGACUGUGGCCUUGGUGGGAAUCAUUUUGGGAAUUGUGAUCGCCAUUGGUAUCAUCGCUGGGAUCGUCAUUGCAGUCGUGAGGAAAAUGUCGGGCAGGUACUCACCAUAGAUGACUGGAUAAUCGUGUCCUUCUGCCAACUAUUUUAUUUUUUAAAGAGAGCUCCUAUUUUAGCUUCCUGUGCCCAUGUGAGAAGAUGAUCCGUGGAAGAGCUGCUCCCCCAGUUCUAAAUCCGUGGUGAUUCCGAAACUCUCCGAAGGGUUCCUGAGCUGAAAAUGAGAAGGCUCCUACAGCCUGUGACUCCAGACCUAUGUUAUUUUUAAAUCAUUUUUUAUUUUUAUAUAUACACAUUGUAAAAGUAGGUGACAUGACUAAAAACAAAAAAGGCUAACAAUGAAUAGGAAACAAGGAAACAAUGACCAGUGAGCCCAUAUUCAACCAAAAUGACAACAACAGAAUCCCAAUGGUGUUGGAAAGUUCUUAAUGUGCUCGCUCAGUCACUAUUUUUUUUCUCUCAGUCACUAUUGAAAGCAAAAAAAUAUAUGGAAAUAUUGACAUUCACUCUACCAGGGUUAAAUGUUAAAUGGGAUCAUAGGGCCAUAAUUCUAGAACUGGAGGGACCUUCAUAGGGCCAGUGGGGAAGAGUAGACAAAGCCCCUCAUUCCUACCCUGCCUCUGAUACUUACUAGCUAUGUGACCCUGGGCAGAUCACUUCCCCUUUUUAAACCUCAGUUCCCUUAUUAAAAUGGGAGAAUAGAGUCAUAGAUUUAGAAAGGAGGGGGUGUAGAGGUCACCAAGUCUAACUCAACUCAUUUUACAGAUGAGGGGAACUGAGGUUGAGUGAAUUUCCUAAGUUGUGUCAACAGCUGAGGUUGUUGUGAGGAUCAACUGAGAUAAUGCAUGUAAAACAUUUUGCAAACCUUAGAAAUGUCAGGAAUCAUCAUUAGAGGUUAUCCAGCCCAGACCCCCUCAUUUCACUGUGAGGAGACUGAGGCCCAGAAUAGGUAAAGGGACUUACUCAAGGCCACACAGGCAGUAAGUAACAUCAUUGGGAUUUGAACCCGGGUCUUCUAAUUCCAAAUUCAGGACUCUUUUCACUGUCCCAUGCUGUUCCCCAAGAAACAGUGAUCCCUAGAGCAGUGAUCAAAAAGUAUCUUAAGCUUUUGUGAUGUAGUGAACAGCUGUUUCUAGUUGGUUGGGACAAAGUACUUCAAAGACUCCCUCAUGGAGUCAACCAUUGGAGUUAGUAAACAGGAAAUCCAUGGUUCUUGGAAGACAGUCCUCCCCCACACCCAAGGCCUCCUGGGCUUCUUAAGAAGCUUCCAGAAAGGACUUGCUGACUCAAUGUUUUGAGCUGACAGCCUCCCACCUCUGAAUCUUUGAAAUGAAUGGGCCAAGGGUGGUCCUCCAGUUAAAAGAAGGUUGGUUUCUGAUUGGAUGCCAAUACCACAUCACUAUAACCCCUCUGAUCCUUAGCAUAUGGCCCCACUGGGCUACAUCAUACAUUGUAGCCACAAAGCUGCCAGUGGCUAAUAUGACCCAGGCUUAAAAGCAUUUUGCUACAUAUCUCCAAAACAUGAAGGACCCUUGUACCAGGAUACACCCGUAAGCAGCAGAACCUACCAGUUUUCCUACAUUUAUUUGUCUCCUUGACCUUUGUCACAUUGGAGAAAAGUAUGAAAUAGAAAAUGAGUGUAGCUAGAGUUGAGUUUUAAACAGUAAGUUUUUAAAAAGCAUAUAAAUCUCAAAGAAAAAAAACUUUCCUAGUUUUUCAUUUAUUGAUCUCAGAUUGAGAAAUGACUCAAAUUUUCUCAUUCAAGCUCAUCAUCCCAGUACUGUCAAAUGUAGCACACACUUUGCUGAAGGUCAGUUGAGUUAUUUUUUUAAAAAUGACAUCCUCAGUCAUUGACACAUCCUGGAAUGACUGGGUAUAGUUUCAAACCCGAGCUCUUUCAAUUUAUCCAAUGGAUUGGUGGAGGAUGGGAAGCCAUUGCCUGAGAAAUACAGCUUGUUCCUCUCUCAGGUUUCUUCUCUUGUACUGACAUUUGGAUGUUAUUUUAAAUAAUCUACUCUAGGGUGAACCUAUCGGCAACAUUUUCCAAAUUAAAUACACAAGAGAUGGAAGCAGAUGCUCCAAUAAAGUGUGAUUGGAAGAAGAACUUAUAAACACCAUGCCCUUCAAGUCAUCUCCCCUUCCCCUACCUUUUAAAUUUCUGGUUAGUGGUUUAUAACAAUUCCCUUAAAAAUUUUGUUUCCUACCACUUCUCCCUUCUUCUCUUCCCAGCUCCAUGAAAAAAUAAAAGAGUCCAUCCCAAGUUAUACACUGGACCCAAUGCCUGCUGGGACAGGACACUGGGUUUCUUAACACUGUUUAAUGCAGUGUAGACAUUUUCAAAUAAAGA